AAGAAGAAAACGGUCCGUCGGUCAAAUACUUCCCCCUUCAUUUCCAAAACACAAAGAAGUGUCAGCACUUCUAUGCGAAAAGGCUCAAAGCUUUGGUACAGAGGAGAAGAAUGGAUGCCCUCACCCACAUGCUGGCAGACCCUCUUGAACCAAAAGAAGAACACGAUGAACAAAUCACAGAGGAAUGCAUGCUGGGGAACUGUAGAUUAAACCUUCCAGAGGACCUACUUGAGGACCCUGACAUUUUCUUCUCUGUGAUGAGUGCGAGCACCUGGAGUGAAGUGCUGUCGGAUUCUCAGAGACAGCACCUCCGUCAGCUGUUGCCACAGUUUCCUGACAACAAUGUCGCAGAGCAGGACAGCACCAUCAGUGACAUCUUCCACAACAGAAACUUUAACUUCGGGAAUCCCCUUCAUCUUGCACAAAAACAAUUCAGAGAUGGUUACUUCAACCCUGAGGUGGUCAAGUACAGACAAUUGUGUGCAAAGUCCCAGAAGAAGAGACAGUUGUACUCCCUCCAGCAGUAUUACCACAGACUGUUGAAGCACAUCCUCGUCUCCAGAAAGGAGCUGCUAGAUUUUGCGGUUCACAGUGGACUGGACUUUCCCCCGAAAAAAAAGUUAAUGACCAAGACUCAUGCUGAAAUGCGUGAGCCGCGGGUACGAAGAAGAUUGAGCCGCAUAUUAAAGGAGGUCAAAACUGAGUGUGGAGACAGCGAUGCUUCAUCCGAUGAUGACGACAUAUCAUUAUGGGCUCCAGCACCCCAAUCGCCUUCCUCGCCGACACCCGCCGUCUCACUCAGAGUUCUUCCCAGCCUCUCCACCCAAGACAUGAAGACCACGGAGGGAAUCGAACUCGGGGAGCAGGAUUUGAAAGCCAUGCUGAAUAACCAUCGGGAGAAGAGGAAGCGACAGCCAGAUCAUCCGGACUUGAUGACCUCUGACAUUCACCUCGGAGACAUACUUUCAAGAGCGAAUAUCGGUCGGAAGGGGGCUGUGGCCUUUUUUGACCUGUCUCUGCCGAAGAAGAAGAUCAAAGAAGAGAGAAGGAAGAAAAAAAUGAGGACAAUAAAAGUGGAAGCUGAGGAUCCCUGUGAAAUUCUUGCACCUUCCGACACCCCGUCGGCUCCAACGCCGAGCGUCGCCAACUCCCUGCCAGACACCCCGUCUACCCCACUGGCCAACAUCAAGGAAGAAGUUGUGGAGGAGUGUCCGAGCAGCCCGGUUCCAGUGGAGGAAAUAGCCAUCAGCUUCUUCAGCUUGUUGGAGAGCAUCUUGAGGACAGAGCACUUUACAAGCACGUCGUUGUUGGAGGAGAAAGUUCAAAUGUGGCAGUGCUCUCCAGCCAGCUCCCUCAACGUGUGGUUCUCCUCCGUCCCGUGUUGGUCCGACUUGGUUCUUCAAGCCCUGCAGUUUCUGGCAGGGGAGACUAAAGAUGGCAUGAUGGCACUCCCCAGUGGAUUUUCUCCAUUUGUGGAAUUUGCCGAUGAAUCUCAGCAGUGGAGGUGGAUCGGUCCCACUCAGGAUACAGAGAAGGAUCUCAGUGCUCUCUGUCAGCUGUGGCUGGACUCCAAAGACUUGGUUAUCAAGUUGGAAAAUGAGGACAUGCUGGAGAUGACUUCUCCCACACCAAGAGUCUCGACCGACUACGUGGUGCGGCCCAGCACUGGGGACGAGAGACAAGUGUUUCAAAUUCAGGAGCAGCAGCGAUACAACCAGCCACACAAAGCCUUCACCUUCCGGAUGCACGGCUUCGAGUCGGUGGUGGGGCCGGUGAAGGGCGUGUUCGACAAGGAGAUGUCGCUCAACAAGGCGCGAGAGCACACGCUGCUGCGCUCGGACCGGCCGCCCUACGUCACCAUCCUCUCUCUGGUGCGGGACGCCGCCGCCAGGUUACCCAACGGAGAAGGAACGCGGGCCGAGAUCUGUGAGCUGCUGAAGGACUCCCAGUUUCUUGCUCCAGACGUCACCAGUGCACAGGUGAACACGGUGGUCAGCGGCGCCCUGGACAGACUUCACUACGAGAAGGACCCCUGUGUGAAGUACGACAUCGGACGCAAGCUCUGGAUCUACCUGCACCGCAGUCGCAGUCAGGAGGAGUUCGAGAGGAUCCACCAGGCUCAAGCUGCUGCUGCGAAAGCACGAAAAGCCCUGCAACAAAAACCCAAACCUGCAUCAAAGCCUAAGUCUGGAAGUAAAGAGGGAGGCGGUAAAACCCCGGGAAGUCUGGAGGCGGGACAGGAUGCGGUCUCCAUUCCCAUGUCGCCAACCUCUUCAACGCCCACCCUCAACACACCGGGAACGCCCAAGUCCCCCUUAACCUGCCCGGCAACCACACCAACAAAGACCGGAGUCCCCGAGGCAAUCAAAACCAGCACCGGUGUCCUCCUCGUGUCCCCCCCCUCGCUGCCCCAGCUGGGCUCCAUCCUGCCCAGCGGUCAGGCCGGUCCGCCGGUGGCGUCCCACCACGCGGCUCGCCUGGUGAGCCACCUGGCGGCGGGCUCCCUCCCUCAGGUGCGGGUGGUUUCUGCUCCGCCGGGCCUGGGUUCUCCGUUAGGGGGUCAGCAGGCCACGCUGCUGCAUCAGGCCCCCCACCAGAUCAGGAUGCCGGUGUCCAUGGCAACCAAGGGCAUUUCACAGGCGAUGGUGUCUGUGCCUCUGAGGUCUGCCAGUAGUCCAGUCCAGGCGCCGACCACCAUAUCGGUGUCCGCCGUAGCUCUCGGCAAACCUCUCGCCCGAUCACCCGGUAGCCCGGCCCACAACCCCGGUUCCCCCGCAAGGCUGCAAGUAGUCGGCAACCCGAAUAUCAAACAGGUGUCCAUCACGGCGACCAACCUGCGCAUCCAGGGCAAAGACGUCCUCCGCCUGCCGCCGUCCUCCAUCACCACGGACUCCAAAGGGCAGACGGUGCUGCGGAUCACCCCGGACAUGAUGGCCACUCUCGCCAAGUCGCCGGUCGCGACCGUCAAACUCACGCCCGACUUCCUGGGCGGCGGCGGCAAGAGCAUCUCGGCCACUCUCCGCGUGGCGCCGCCCCACUCCUCGGCUUCCUCCGUCUCCUGCGCCACAUCCUGCAUCGGGGACGUCCAGACCACCAAAGCGGGCGCCGUCUCAUCCGGCUUGAUGAAGGCCGCGGGAGACGCCGCCAUACGCCUGAUGCCCACGCUGGCGGUGACCAUGGCGGACCAGAAAUCCCGGAGCUUCCCCGGCGUCUCCUCCCCCGACAAGAGCGGCACCACCAUCCGCAUCAUGCCGGGACUCGGCGUCAUUCCGCAGAAACAAGGUCAGACCAUCACCAUGACGACCACCACGGGCAGCAAAACGCUCACGACGUGCGCCAACGUCGUGACCAUGGCCGCCAGCGUGGUGACCGGGGCCAAGGGCCUCACCGUGGCUCCGGGGGUCUCGUGCUCCACUCUGACGCUCGGCACGACCACGGCCACCGUGCGCCAGGUCCCUGCUACGGUGGUCACCACGCAACCGGGGAAGCUACCGGCCCGGAUCACGGUGCCCCUCUCCCUCCUCACCCAACCUCUGAAGAACAAGAGUGUUGUGACCACACCGAUGGUGAAGGGAAGUCUCAACACCAACAUCAGCAGCCUGGGCAGGAACAUCAUCCUGACCACGAUGCCCGCCGGCACCAAGCUGAUCGCCGGGAACAAACCGGUCAGCUUCGUCACGGCGCAGCAGUUCCAGCAGCUGCAGCAGCAAGGACAGGCCACGCAGGUUCGCAUCCAGACGGUCCAGGCGCAGCAGCUCCAGCAGCACAUGGCGUCCGGCUCCCAGAAAUCCGUUUCCACGGUCGUAGUCACAACGGCGCCGUCGCCCAAAUGUGCCCCCGACCCCCCGACCGGACCCCAACAGUGACCCCUGGUGGUCAGUCGGCCAUGACUCGAGGUCCAGUGUGUGUUGUGUGUGUUGUGUUCUGAAGCUGUUUCAGGGUCAUGUGACUUGGUUCUACUCUCCCGUGUCGUUCUGGUAACAUUUGUUAUUGCAUGUGACGUGCCUUUUUAUUUAUUUCCCUAUUGGAUGAUAAUCCUGCAAAGAUCUUCAGUUUGUUAAAAAGUGUCAUUUCUUGAAUGAUGUUCUCCAUUUUGUUAUCGACACGAUCUCAACCCGGGCUGUUUCCAGAGACAUUCUGUUUUCUUUCAGGAACUAAAAUAAGUUUCCCUGUUUAUUUCACAAUAAUCACAUAUACAACUACUAAUUUAUAUAUGACUGUCAAUAAGAUACUCUGUCCCUUUUUUUUUCUUCUAUAUGUUUGAUUGAAUGCAAUAUUAGCAAUUGUGAAGAAUCAGAUUUAUUUGAAUGUUGUAACUUGCUGAUUUUUUUGUUUUUAAUACAUUAUUUGUGGUGUAUCGGUGUUGUAUUUUAUUUAAUAACAGACGAUAAUAACAGAUCAUAUUUAAAUAAAUUGUGUUUUAUAUAUU